AUGGUCGCAAGGCAAGCUGGGUCGAAACUCCCUUCGCCCCAAUCAACGUUGAACUUCACCGCCAAGUUCCGCCAGGGACCUGACCAUGAUUGGAGAUGGGUCCGCAACGAACAGGGUCUAGGUGAUGGCUACAUUGUGGUCGAUGUUGGAGCGCCAGAAGGCAGCGAUGAUGAGGACUUGCCAGAUCUGAUCCACGGCUUGAACCCAUCUCUUAAAUGGAGUCCUCAUCUAAGCCAAUGUCCCGGGACUCGACUCUGGACCAUUGAGGUUCCCGUGGACGGGGCUCAAGACGACGAUAACUCGACUUUCACCCAUGUUCCGCUCGGCAUUCCUUGGGGAGGGUUUCUGAGCAAGGGCAAACACUUGGUCCUUUUGGGUUUCGCCGGUAUCAACAAUGCCGUCGAUGGCAUGACGCUGUUUCGCAACGACGAGUUUGGACGGGUGACCAUCCAUGUUCGGAACGAUAGCGCGAAAGCCGGUAGCGGUACUGUUUUGGUAGCGGUUGGCGACAACUUUGAGAGUGCCAAUGCUGCUGUUAUGUACCACGCUCGCGGCCUCGUCAGCACGGCUGACAGAGCUGGAGAGUCUCCAACGAAGCUGGAGAAGCUUAGUGAUAAUGUCGAGGCUAACUGGUACGAGAACUGGUAUGAUGGAUUGGGCUAUUGCACGUGGAAUGCCCUUGGCCAAAGGUUGACGGCGGAAAAGGUUAUAACGGCAGUAGAUGCUCUGGCCGAUAACAACAUCAACAUCAGCAACCUGAUCAUUGAUGACAAUUGGCAAGAUAUUGAUUACCAUGGAGAUCAAUGGCAGCAAGGUUGGAAUGAUUUCGAGGCUGAACCUAAAGCCUUUCCAAAUGGUCUCACAGGACUGGUCUCCGAAAUACGAUCCAAGCACAAGAAUAUCGAGCACGUUGCUGUGUGGCAUGCCCUUCUAGGGUAUUGGGCAGGCAUAGCACCCGAUGGUAAUCUUGCCAAACGCUACAGGACAAUCGAGGUUGUGCGUGGCGAAGAUAGCUCACGUAAGAACAUUCCCCUUGGCGGCAAGAUGACAGUCAUCGCGAAGGAGGAUGUUCACAAGUUCUACGAUGACUUUUAUCGUUUUCUCUCCGAGAGUGGUGUGGCGGGAGUCAAGACCGAUGCGCAGUUCAUGGUUGACACUUGGGUAUCGCCAAAGGUCCGACGCGAACUCAUCCAACCGUACCUAGACAACUGGCUGCUCGCAUCUCUUCGGUACUUUGGCGGGAGAGCCAUAUCUUGCAUGUCCAUGUCUCCUCAGAUCAUCUUCCAUACACAACUUCCCCGGGGACGGCCCACGAUGCUUUGCAGGAACUCGGAUGACUUUUUCCCCGACGUCCCAUCUUCUCAUCCCUGGCAUGUCUGGGCAAAUGCUCACAACAGCUUGCUUACCCAACAUCUGAACAUCCUCCCAGACUGGGACAUGUUCCAAACUACUGGCGCAUAUGCCGGCUUUCACGCUGCCGCACGUUGUGUGAGCGGCGGUCCCAUUUACAUCACAGAUGUUCCCGGCCAGUACGACCUCGAUUUGAUCAAGCAGAUGACCGGUGUGACGCCAAGAGGCAGGACUGUCAUUUUCCGUCCCAGCGUGCUUGGUCGUAGCCUUGACCAAUAUGUCAACUACGAUGAUUUGUCUCUGCUCAAAAUAAGCGCUUACAACGGCAGGGCGGUCACGGGCACUCCGAUCAUGGGCAUCUUCAACGUAUCGGGCCGUCCGCUCACAGAACUAAUCCCUCUUGCCCGAUUUUCGGGCGUCCUGCCAUCGAUGUGCUCCGAUCUGCUCGAGAACGGGCGGUUGUUCAUAAGCACCAGGCUGAAGGCCUUGGGUGUACUAGAAUCCGCAUGGAAAGAGAUGGGCCUCGAGGCUGGCUGGUCAAAUGAAGUGGAGGUCAAAGUUUACUUGACCUUGGAGAAGUGA